UGCUGUUCCUGCUGCUGCUGCUGCUGCUGCUGCCAGGCGGGGAUGCCCAUCCGUCUGCCUGGGAGCGGGACUGGCCCGGAGGAGAGUCGGGCUUGAGCCCUUCGGUCGGGGAGCCAUGGUGAGCCUGGGCAGGCGCUGCCCCUCGGCCCCGGCGUGAAGGCGCUGCCUUCCCUCCUCCUGCUCCUGCCAUGGAGAUGCCCAACAGCACGGAGGCAGUGUGGUGGUCCAACAGCAGCAGCGGCGGCAGCAGCGCCUCAGAGCCCGCGCCGUCGAGCCUGGGCUACCAGCUGGGGACCUCGGUGGCGCUGGGCUCGCUGAUCCUGUUCGCGGCGGCGGGGAACGGGUGCGUGAUCGCGGCCAUCGCACUGGAGCGGAGCCUGCAGACAGUGGCCAACUACCUGAUCGGCUCGCUGGCGGUGACGGACCUGAUGGUGUCGGUGCUGGUGCUGCCCAUGGCCGCCCUCUACCAGGUGCUGGGCAAGUGGACGCUGGGCCAGGCCACCUGCGACCUCUUCAUCGCGCUGGACGUGCUCUGCUGCACCUCGUCCAUCCUGCACCUCUGCGCCAUCGCCCUGGACCGCUUCUGGGCCAUCACCGACCCCAUCGACUACGUCAACAAGCGCACCCCGCGCCGGGCCGCCCUCCUGAUCAGCCUGACCUGGCUGGUGGGCUUCCUGGUCUCCAUCCCGCCCAUGCUGGGCUGGAGGACCCCCCAGGACCGCUCCGACCCGGACGCCUGCACCAUCAGCAAGGACCCCGGCUACACCAUCUACUCCACCUUCGGCGCCUUCUACCUCCCGCUCCUCCUCAUGCUGGUCCUCUACGGGCGCAUCUUCAGGGCCGCCCGGUUCCGCAUCCGCAAGACCGUCAAGAAGACCCACCGGGACAAGAAGAAGAAGGACCAGCACCAGCACCAGCCGCACCCCGCGGAGGAGGAGCAGGAGGAGGACCAGGAGGCCGUGGCCGACACUUGCCUCUCCACCGACGCCAACGGGGGACCCAACCCACAAGGCCCCGUGGCCUGCAUCAACGGCGCCCCCUCCGCCCCCGGCUGCCCCCCGGGGAAGAGCCACUUGCCCUUGCCCAGCCAGUCUCCCCAGACUCACCCGACGCCGCUCCCGGAAAGGAAGAGCGAGGCCCGGGCGGCGGCGGCGGCGGCGGAGGCCAAGCGGAAGGUGGCCCUAGCCCGCGAGCGCAAGACGGUGAAGACGCUGGGCAUCAUCAUGGGCACCUUCAUCCUCUGCUGGCUGCCCUUCUUCCUGGUGGCGCUGGUGCUGCCCCUCUGCCCGCGCUGCUACAUGCCGGCCUGGCUGGGCGCCGUCAUCAACUGGCUGGGCUACUCCAACUCCCUCCUCAACCCGGUCAUCUACGCAUACUUCAACAAGGAGUUCCAAAGCGCCUUCAAGAAGAUCGCCAAGUGCAAGUUCUGCAGGCAGUGACCCACCGGCGCCGGGAGCGGGAAGGACCGCCGCUGCCCAACUCCUGUGGGGGCUCACAGCAAGACUGGCAAGGGGGCCCAGGAGGAACCUCGGGGGAGGACUGGAGGAGGAGGAGGAGGAGGAGGUACUAUGACUGCCCUCUUUUUGGAGGACAGAGACAAGGGAAGGGCUUGCAAUGGAACCGAGGAGGAGGAAGAGGAACC